CGUCCGGUAAAUCUGAUUGGUCGAAAUCGUCGGGGCGUUUCAUUCUGAUUGGUUGACGGCUGAUGCCCGGUGUCCGGGUAAGAUGGCGUCGGAAGAGCAGUGCUCGGCACCACCUCGAUGGCGGUCGAUAUCCUUAACCCACGUAGAGUAUCCUGCUGGUGACCUGACGGGGCAGGUAUUGGCCUUCAUGAGCCUAUUGCCCAUCGCGAUCCUCGUUGGAUUCGUCACUCUGAUCGUCUUCAAGCGAGAGCUACACACGAUCUCUUUUUUUGGAGGGUUGAUCAUGAACGAGGGGCUAAACUGGCUGCUCAAACACAUUCUGCAGGAGCCUCGGCCGUGUGGAGGAGGUCACGACUCAGUCACGACAGAGUAUGGGAUGCCUUCCAGUCACUCGCAGUUCAUCUGGUUUUUUGUUGUAUACUUUUUUCUUUUUCUUUAUUUAAGAAUGCAUCAGACGAACAAUGCCAGGUGUGUUGAAUUGUUAUGGCGGCAUAUACUGUCCAUCGUUCUGCUGGCCGUGGCUCUGUCCGUUUCAUACAGCAGGGUCUACCUCCUGUACCACACCUGGAGUCAGGUGAUUUAUGGAGGUGUGGCCGGGAUGGUGAUGGGAGUGGUUUGGUUUUUUAUCACCCAAGAGGUGCUAACGCCACUCUUUCCCAAGAUAGCAGCCUGGCCGAUCUCAGAGUUUUUUCUGGUGAGAGAUACAAGUCUCAUUCCCAACAUCCUGUGGUUUGAAUACACAGUAACCAGAUCAGAAGCCAGAAACAGACAACGAAAGCUGGGAACGAAGCUUCAGUGAUUUUCUACAAAACCCAAUGAUAACUGACAAAGGACCACACACACACACACACACACACAAACACUGGAGUUUCAUAGUCGGGACUGUUCUGGUUGAUGUGAAUGCGGAGAACAGUGUAUUUCUGGACCAAAGGAGCGAGUUCGUACCACAGACAUGACCGUUAUAACAUGGCCAUCUCCUCCCCUCGUCCUUAUACUUCCCCUUUGCUCCUGAUGCAUGCAGACCGUGCAAGAGACAACAACUAUUUAAUGACAAAUCUAAUAUAUAUUUUAUUCAUUACCGUUCACAGGGAAGAUCUUAACAGCGACGGUUUAAGACAUGACAAACCUAUCAGCAUGGCAUUACUUUUAUUUAAACGACGUGUUAAAGGAACAUGGACAGGAAUACUGGGUAAUAAAAGCAGUGCAGUAACAAAUACAACCUG